AUGUCGUCCGCUUCAUCAUAUGCAUCGUCUCACGGUGCCAUGGCUUCCAAAUUGCGAACGCUAGCAUUGGGAUCAAAGCCACACAUCAACAUUCUCCUUAACGAUGAGCGUUCAUCGUACUCAACUCUAGAUAAGCUUUCGGGCAAGGUCGAAAUAGCUGUUUCUCACAGCACGAGAUUCGAAGAGAUCGAUAUUCAAUUCAUCGGAACAACAAAGACAUUCUUGGAAAAGAUGUCAUCUACACCUGGUCUGACGGGUGGCAUGUCAGCUUUCCACCAGUUCUUGAAGCUUCGACAACCCAUCUCAGAAUCAUCCUACCCUCAACCCAGAAUCUUGGAGCCAGGCCGAACUUACGAAUUUCCUUUUGUCUUUGUUGUCCCUCAACAACUGCUACCCCGUGUCUGCAGACAUGAGGUACACCACGAAUCGGUCCGUGACUGCCACCUACAGCUUCCACCAAGCUUAGGAACAGUCACAAAACACGACGAUAUGGGUCCGGAUAUGGCCAAGAUCCAAUAUCAAAUUGCCGCUCGCAUUACCGCAGCUAGUGAGAUCGACGGCAUUCCAAAGGAACUAGCCAAGAGGAUGAAGACAAUCCGCAUUGUUCCCACUGUCGAUGAACAGCCACCAGUCAACGUUCUUGGCCCUGACAGCGAUUACAUCUUGAGGGCCGAGAAGAACGUCAAGAAGGGCGUCUUCAAGGGCAAGCUCGGUACCUUAGUUAUCGAGGCCGAACAACCCAGAUCACUUCGUCUACCCAAGUCCUACGAACCUGAAGAGUCAACCGUCAGCACAAUGGUCACUCUCAAGCUUCGAUUCGACCCGUCAGACGCCAAAUCUCAACCGCCUCGUCUUGGGAGUCUGGGCAGCAAACUCAAGACAUCCACAUGGUAUGCUGUCGGUGCCCGCAUGGCUGUCCCCAAGAAGAAGGAUAGCGUCUAUGAUCACAGACAGGGUAUGCACUCGAUGAGCAUGUCACUAUCAUCUCGUUGCAUGGCCUCUGUAGAGUGGACAUUGCGAAGAGAGUCAGCAUUGGAGGAUGAAUGGCUUGCUCGUCGCGACUCUGGGCUCUCGAACCACGAGCUUCCCAAGUACCCCAGCCCCAGCACAAACUACAAAGGCCACAACUUCUGGACAGCAGAGAUCGUCGUGCCAGUGGCACUACCCAAGGACAAGCACUUCGUACCGACAUUCCACAGCUGUCUGGUCUCGCGCACCUACUCAUUGAAUCUAUCACUCGGGAUUCACUCUGCUGGUGUCGGUUUCCCUUCUGUUGACUUGAAACUUCCACUUCAGAUCUCGGCUGAGGGCGAGGGUGAGGUUGACGGUCUCUCGCGAAGCGCUUCCGCUGUGGAAGAGCGACUAGCAGAGCUUGGCUUGACAGACGAGCUGCUCUCUGCAGAGCACAGAGGCAGUUGGUCAAACAACGAUCUCGAGACUCCAGAGUUUACAGAUCUCCCACCCGAGUAUGAGGUGUACCGCAGACCCAUUGUUACUGCUGCCGGCUAA